GGAAGAGGUGCUGCCGCCUGUGGCUUCUUCCACCGGUGUUGUGAGUUUGAUUCCUCUUGCCAGGAAAGUGGGGCUUUCUAACAAGCCGUCAUUUGAAUCUGGAUGUCUUCCUGUGGGCGAAGACGAGUCUGAGGGGGACGAUGAGGUGGCGGUGUGUGCCAGGGGUCACAGUGAGGAUGCGGAUCAGUUGAAGAAGAUUGCUGAGAAGAAACUGCAGCUGAUCACCCCCAAUCCCCCCAAGUACCGGUACUCCAUGGAGGAGGAUACUGAGCUCACCAUGGAGGACAAGGAGAAGAUGAACCAGGAGGAGGAGGAGUAUGCCGAAUACAGUCGAACUAUUGAACUUUCGUACAGGGUUAGAUUUGAGCAGAGGACCACAUUGAGCUCCAUGUACUUUGCCCACCACACACCCAGACAGAUCCCGUUCGGUAUUGUUAGCACUGAGGCCACCCUGCAGAUCUUCUCCUUCAAGAUUGUGAGUUGCGAGUUGAGCUGGCCGCUCUACGUGUAUGGUCUUGUAGCAGUGCGAGACCAGGUGGAUGACCACCGCAACAUCCUCUUUGAGCGGAGGAGAAGAAGCGCCCAGUUGGUAACCCGAGAUGAACCCUCGUUGGGCUUGUUUGGCCCGUUUCGGGCAGUCUCUGCUGUUGACCCUGUCAAAUUUGAGAUAGAGCUAAAGCUUAAGGGCAGAACAGAGUCUCGGGACAUACUGUUGCUGAAGCAAGGUGCCAAUUACUCCUGCUCUUACAAUGGUUUCGAUACUAUUGACUUUAGCAACUGCCUUUGCAAAGCUGAGUUAAGCCUGGAGCAACUAGGUGAUUCAGUUCAGGCCACUUUCUUGAGUGUCUGUGUUGUUGAAGGCGGCCCAUGCACUUUCAAAUAUGGUGGCCGAGUGUAUUGCAGCGCACUUGCUCACGAGGCUACGGUCAUGGAUAGCAAAGGCAAUGUUGAGAUUGUUGACCCCCCUUCCAGCCAGUUUGUGUUGAUUGAUUCUCGUGAUUGCGCGGGUGGAAAAUUGCCUAUGUAUGACACUGGUCUCCUUGAUCUUGGAAGGUGUGUUGUCUCUGUACCAAUAUAUCAGUGCGAUGACUCCUCUGAACAGUAUGACUCCUCUGAACAGUAUGACUACUCUGAACAGUAUGAAGAAAGCCUGAAAGUUGUCAUAGAAGCCUACUCGCCGUCCGGUGAUGUUGCUGAUCACGCUCAUGUCAAGUUGAGGCCCAAGCUUAGCAACACAAGUCGAGUUGAAUGUGUCCUUGGCAACUCCAAGGUGGAGAUUAUCAUUGCUUGGUCGGUCAUGCUAAAGAGCAAAUAUUAUCUUAUCUGAUAAUAUUUGUGUAUCCAUUAGCUAUGUAUAAGUGGUGUUAAGUAUUUAUGUGUCUGUCCAGUUAUUUAAGAUGUCCCACAAACUAUUUGUGUAUCGGCCUGCUAUAUUUGAUCUAGCAACUAUUUGUGUGUCGACUUUGUGUGUAGGGAAGUACUGUCUAUCUUCGAU